UCCCUCGGGGCGGCUCUGGCCCCGGGGGCUCGCUAUAAGAAUCCCAGGAAGCCCCUCUGCCGCAGACGGAGAGAGCAGCUCAGCAUGCUGUCCGCCAGCUCCAGCCUUUCUCUGCGCACUGCGCUCGACAAUGUGCUCACCUGGACCAACCUCAAGCCCAGCAAGAGCUCCACCAAGGACAGACCGCUGGCCCGCAACAGAGACAUCUUCAGCGUCAUGGUCACGCCGGACCGCAUCCCCCAGUUCUUCAUCCCUUCGCUGGAGGUGGAUCACAUCUUUGUACACGUUAAUCCCGGGGAUGGAGGGCAGCCCGGGUGCGCGCAGGAACUGCAGGUCACCUGUGGCACUAAACCCAGCUGUGCCUCGCCUGAGCCCUGUAGCAGCCGGAGAGAGGCAGUGGCCCGCAGAGAAGCUCUGUGCAAGAAAGCCUUCCUCCCGUCUACUGACGGGUCUCUCUUCACACAGGAUCUGGAAAGAGCUGCCGACCACUCCGACCCGGCGACCCGCGCCGCCCUCUCUCUACCGCACCUCGCCAAGAUCACCACCCCCUACGGCUUCCUAGCUCUGGGUGAGAGCCCGAACAUCCGCAGAAAGGAGUCCCUCUUCUUCGAACAAGACCCCCAGGACAUCCGCUCGCUGCUGUCCCACCGAAAAAAGAGCAACUCGCUUUCCCGGAGCCGCUCCUCCCCUGUUGGCGUCUCUGAGCAGCCUCCAACCGGGCAGCAGGAACCCACUUUACAACCCAUUCGGUCCAGCCGCUCGGUGUCCUGGGACGCCAUCUGCAAAGCCACUUCUUCCCCCCCUGCAACUCCCUCUAACUCUCUUUCGCUCACUCCUUGCAACAAGCCGGAGAAAACACGAUUCCAAAGCCUGAUAAAGAAGCACCUCGCCAGUAUCAAGCGCAUGCGGUCGGGUAGUUCCACGGGAGAAAAAGCGCCCGCUUCGUUUCGACGGACACGGAGCCAGACUGUGCUGUGAGGCGCUUCCUGCUGCACGGACUGAGACGCACAAAGGGACAAGAACAUCACCGACACAGAGAGCAACGAACGCUGCAGUGAAACAGGCCAGAGACUGUACUUCAGCACCGGUCUUUCCCUCCCUGUGGCGGUGCUGCAGGAAUCCCAGAAUUUCCACGGCUGGGCAGGGCUGGCACAGGGACUCCACCUUUCCUCUGCUCCAGGAGAGCCUUUGACUGCUUCCCAGACACCUGCUGCACCUGUUUGUCUUGUGAUAAACACUUUAUUAAAGAAACGCCAAC